GUUUUCCCUACGGUUUUAGACUUCAGAAUCGCAACUUUUCCCAUGAAAGCUUAAGCCCUUUUUUCUUCUUCUUUUCUUUUCCAUAAACCCUUCCGUUUUGAACUCUCCAACUUUCCCGCUUCUACAUUAAGGGUUCUUUCGUUGUCUCCUAGGUUUUCUACGCGCUGUUUGGGCCACGUUUUUUUUUUAACUGUUUCUAGUCAUGUCCUCGUCGAUGAGAAGGGACUCAACAUAUUCAAAGACCAGAGCCCGGUCUCCUCCGCGUCGUUCGCGAAUUCGGGACCGGUCUUCUGGUUCGAAACGGUCCGAGGCGGAGCAGUUAUCUGGGUCGGAGGAUCAACAACAGGGCAAGAAGAGUAACCAUGUAGACGAUGACAGAGAAAUCUGCACGAGAAAACUGUCGGAGUUUAACGAAUCAUUGCGGCGGCAAGGACGGUCAACCUCCACCAAGUUCCAGUGGGACCAUCUUUUACCCUAUAAUUCCGGGAAGGCCGUGGCGGCGGCGACUACUUAUAAGCAGGAACUAGCCGUGCGGAAUGAGAGAACCACGAGAACUUAUUCGAUUAGUCCAGUGGGGAUUGUUUUAACAGAAGAAAACCGGUUCAUCGAUUCAAAGCCGCCACCUUUGAAGGAAACGAAGUGGGGUUUUAGCUAUAAUGGCGAAGAUUUCCGGUAUCCAGAGGUUGGAAACAGGGGAAUGACAAAUGAGGCGGUUGGUUUUAGUGGGGAAAAAUUGGGUUUUGAUUCUCCAUCUGUGAUAGCUGAAAUGGCUAGGAAUAAGAUCAGGAAAACUGAGAGAGUUACUGAACUUGCAUAUAGGAAGAUGGAGAGUGUGAGAUCCAGAACCAGUCUUGUCGAUUCUAUUAUCGAUAAAAUUGAUGCUGCAGGGGAAAACAGGCCAUUGGAGUUGGCCCGACGUUUUUCUUUACCUCAACAGUAUAUGACAGAACAAAAGAGAGAAGGUUUGCAUGGGGAAAGGCAUCAGCCGAGAGAAGAUUGUAGCCGUCAUGCUUUUACUAAACGAUAUCUGGGUUUUAGUGGACAAGGAGAGGACGUUGUGGGCUUUAGGAUGAAUCAUUCACAGAGCGCAAACGGCGCUUUUUUCCAUGGUGCAAGGGAGCAGUUUGAAGAAGAUUGUGGCCAUCUUUUACCUCAAAUUUAUCCUGACUUAAAAGAAAAGUCACAUGGGAAUGAGACGGAGCAAGGAAAUGAGGUUCUGGGUUGUAGGAUGAAUCAUGCUCAGAGCCAAAAUGGAGCGGGUUUUAAUGGUAAAAGCCAGCAGUUUCAAUAUUAUGUUCAUUUAACUGGAAAAUCACAUGAGAUGGAGCAAGAAAAUAAGGAUUUGGGUUCUAGAAUGAAUUGUCAGCAGAGCCAAAAGACCGCUCCUUUGCUUGGUAAAAGGCAGGAGUUGCCAGAAGAUUUUGGCUGUUCUUUACCUCAAAAUUAUCUUAAUUUGGCCGGAGAAUCACAUGUAAUGGAGCAAGCAAAUGAUGCUUUCAGUCCUAGGAGGAAUCGUCCUCAGGCCCAAAAGAAGGUGCUUUUGACUGGUGAAGGCCAGGGCUUAACAGAAGAUUACGGCCGUACUUUACCUCAACAUGAUCUUGAUCUUAAUGUUGAAUCACAGGAGACGCAGCAAGAAAAUGAGCUCCUGGGUAUUAGGAUGAAGCAUCUUCAUAAACAAAAGGAAGCGCCUUUGCAUGGUGAAAAGCCAGAACCGCUAGAAGAUGGUGGUCAUCCUUUACCUCGAACUCAUUUUGGUUUAAGUGGGGAAUCACUUGUGAUGGAGAAAGAAAAUGAAACUAUGGCUUCAAGGAUGAACCAUCCUCGGGACCAAAAGGGAGCUAAUUUUAAUUGUGAAAGUCUACAGUUGCAACAAGAUUGUGCCUUGGAAAGCAAUUCCCUGCCAAAGCAGGAUGAUUAUGUAUAUACAACUGAAGGCAGCACUGAGCAAACUUCAGUAACAGAGGAGAUACGCAUCAAUAGCCGGUCUUUGAAGACACAUCCUAAGAAACGUAUUAUUGACCUGAGAAAGAUUACAGAGAGUCGAAUAUGUGCAUUACCCCGGAGUUCGGAUGCCUCAGAUGAUGAGAUUCUUGAUAUUGGAUACGGAGGUGAACAAUGGAGUAAUGAAGAUUUCGAGCAAACAUUAUUGCUAAGAAAUUCAGGACCUGAGCGCCCCCAAGAUGGGAGGGCUACUCUGCUUGAUGAGUUGCCAAGUCAAAGGAACGUUUUUGACUGUGACUAUCAGUUUUCCUCUCCUCAUAUGCAAGAAUUUGCACAACCUUCUAAUAGGACAAGUGUAAAGCAGCGUUUGGGGCCGCCUUCUCAUGUUCAUAAUCCAUAUCCUUCUACUAGGAAACGUAUAAAGCAGCGUUUGGGACCGCCUUGUCAUGUUCAUAACCCAAAUUAUAUGCCUCGGACUCAAAGACAUAAAAUGAGGAAGCUCCUGAAGGAAAAUGUUAAUGAUUUUCAUGAAGGGGUUCAAGCUCGAGAUGUUGAUUUGCGUCAUGUGAAACGUGGAAGGACUGAGCCACCUGAGGACUCUAAGGAGUUUGAGCAGCAAAUACGUGGUGCUUUUGUUCAAUAUGUAAAAAUAUUGAAUGAGAACCCAGCUCAAAGAAGGAAAUACACAGAGAAAGGAGAAGCUGGUACCUUAAAGUGCUGUGUAUGUGGCAGUAAAUCCGAAGAGUUUGUCAACACACUAAGCUUGGUAACGCAUGCUUUCACAUCUCGAAUGGUUGGGCUUAGAGUAAACCACUUGGGUUUACACAAAGCACUUUGUUUUUUGAUGGGAUGGAACUCAGUGGCAGCUUCCAAUGGUUUAUGGAGGCAGAAGACAUUGCCUGAUGUUGAAGCCUUGGCUAUGAAGGAGGAUCUUGUUAUCUGGCCUCCAGUUGUUAUCCUGCACAAUAGUUCUAUAGCAACUACUAAUUCCGAUCAUCGGAUUAUAGUAAGUAUUGAAGAGAUUGAGGCAUUUCUCAGAGACAUGGGAUUUGGCCGGGGAAUAUCCAAGGUGUGCCGCGGGAAACCUGCAAAUCAGAGUAUUAUGACAGUGAUCUUCCAUGGAACCUUUUCAGGGCUGAAAGAAGCAGAGAGACUUCACAAGCUUUAUGCUGAGAACAAACAUGGGAGGGCUGAAUUCCAGCAAAUCAAUUGCAGCACUGGAGAAACGAAGAAAGUGCCACUAGACAAGGUUGAAGAUGUUCUAUAUGGCUACUUGGGAAUUGCAGGUGACUUGGAUAAACUUGAUUUCGAGACAAAGAGUCGUGCCUUAGUUAAAAGCAAGAAGGAAAUCUAUGCCACUGCCGAUGCCCUUCUCGACAUUGACUGAUAAAUUUAAGGGAAAUACAAGUAAAUACUUAGGUGAACCUUCUCUCUCUUGCUAUUUUGCAAAGGGCACAGGCAUAUGUCCAGGCCUACUAACUCAUGCUGUCACGUUUGUUAAUGAUGAAACUAACUCCAGUUUCAUCACUAAGAGGUUAGGGUCUGUUUGUUCACCACUAAGAGGGUAGGGUCUGUUCUAGGAAAUGUUAGUUGGUAGAGAGUUUGUUUUCAGUACAAACUGCGUAUGUUAUUUUGAGAUUAGCUGUGUAUGUUUUAUUGUUUACCUUGCUAAUCAACCUCCAUGCUGAUGUUACCAGACAAUGUAGACAAGAAAGAAUAACUUUAAUAUAUCAAGCAUUCAUAUUA